GUAGCUUCAUCUCGGAUCGCCUUGAGCUAGCAAUCUACCACAGUACGUGUAGGUCUCGCGGAAACUUCUCAACUACUUGGAUCAAGCCAUCACAGUACUCCGUAGCUACAAUACACAGUACUGGAAUCCAUCUGCAUCAUCCACGAGGAAUUCUACCCGAGAGUGUUCCAACCAUUGACCGGCUCGAACAAAAACGAGCCCUAGCUCUCUCGGGUCUGGGUCCAGAUACCAGACACUGUACAGUAGUACAGCACGUACACAAUUUUCCGUCGGAAAAAGCAAAAGGACACCUUAACCACAACCACAACCACAACCGUCUCUCUAGGGUGAUCUCGCCAAGCACCUUCCCAAAGAGCCGUAGCAUCAAACUUUCUGCCCGUUCAAACAUCCAACACCAGGAUCAGCGUCCAUCGCCCAGACAGCCUAGCACUGCCUAGCCUAGCCCUGCCCCAGCAUCUCGGCCAAACCUGGGGAGGGCACGCCUACUGUACGAGGUAUUGGAAAUUCCACAUCAGCGGAUAUCGAUAUAGUCCUUCACCCUACGGAGUACCCAUCAAGGAUCAGAUAUCGGGCGGCAAGGGGGUGUGUUCCAUCGAUUUUGCUGUUCCUUGGACCCUCCCGACUCGCUUGCUUAGGAGGACCGUUUCCCCUGGAGGCUGGAACUACCACUUGUCUUGGCCACGCGGAGGUGCGCUCGACGCGUACUUGCACGAUCUGACUUCAAGCAAUCAGAGGUCCUCAUUCCUGGAGACGUUUAGGAAGGACCUUUGGGAGAGGUAUCAAGUUAGCUGGGGUAAAACUCAAGCAGGCUCUUCACCAUCCAGUCGUUGAAAAGACAGACCGGGAGGCCAGGUCCCAACAGCAAGUACGUGCCACGAAUCACGGCAAACAGUGGUUUGUCUUUGCAGCCUCUAUCGGUACAGUACGAGUUCCUGCUCUGCAGUGCACUCGCCCGUUUCCGGGGGUUUGCCCGUGAGUACUCCGCCCUUGCAGGGAGUGCCGACAGACGUCCAAAAAGUGACCCAAAAAUCAGCAGAGGGCGACCAAUUGACCCGCCACGAACAGUCAGCGUGGUCACGGCCGAGCACGGAGCUCACUCAACCUUGCGCUGACGACGAAAAGCAUUCCACAUGUCCCGAUCUCCAUUAUCAGAUACUACACCACUCCUUCCGCAGCAGACAACCACAAGUACCGUCGGACUCGUUGGUUCUGCGAGCUUCACACUGCGCCGGGCGCGGUUCACCGACCUUACUGGUGCAGCACGCGCAACGUCUCUCGCCUUCUGGGAUGAAGUGCUCUUCGGCCGCCUGAUACAUCCAAAGCGGCAUGAGUACCCCUUCGACUCCGACAAGUACUGGUACCGGCGGUUCAUGGUCGACUGGUGGGAUUGGAGUCAUGUCUUUCUUGUGACGACGGAGAAAGACAAAGGCCAGCGCGAGAUAGUCACCGGACUGGCCCACUGGAGCAGGAUUGCCCCUUCGAAACGGGAGAAUCGAAAGGCUGGAUGGGAAUUGGACUGGUGGGAUCCAAGACGACUCCUCAAACCCAUAGCUGGAUUGGUGGCCAAGAUCAUGAACUUCUUCUCGCCUAAUCGCGCCGCGUCGCCUCAAGACGAAGACAUUGUGGAACAAUCCUACGAUUUCCUCGAUCACGUCUGGGAAGGAGAUCGCGCCGAGUCGUGGUAUCUGGAGUGCCUGGCAGUGCACCCGGAUUUCCAAGGAAAGGGACAAGGACGCGCGCUGGUUGCGUGGGGUCUGGAGCAGGCACGGGAAGAAGGUAUUGCCUGCAGCGUCAUUGCCGCCGACGGGAAGGAAAGGUUCUAUCAGACUUGCGGGUUCAACAUUGGGCCUGUGGGUAGAGCUGGCGAGGGGGAGGGAAAUCCCUUGAAAGACGUUGCUGGGGGGUUGGUGUUCUUCAGGGACAAGGAAGGUGUGGUCGUCCAGCAGAGGAAGCCUGGCGUCUGGAUGGAGGGCAAUGGAGUGUUCGACUGGGAGGACUGGCUGAGAAGGACAACCAAAAGCAGUGAGCAGGUAUGAUCGAGAACGUUUGCCUCAUCGGGCAGAAGAUACAAGUCUCAGAAUACCGAGAAAGAUGCGGUGAUGGUCCUUGCAUUUCCUCGACAUUGGAUCAUAUGCCGUCCACCCAGCCACCUUAUCGGAGAGAGCGGGAAUGAGGUGAUCAAGCACCCACGCUACCUAGGUACCUUAAGGUAAGGUAUGCAGCCAGCUCCCAGCUCCUGGGCAGACAGUCGCCCUUUUGCUUCAGUGGCCGACACGAGAGCUGCUAGAUUCUGCGUUCCAUGAGCAGUACGGAGUAUCUUACCGACGGUCGAACCUUGUCGGCGACUGAACAAACAGC